AUGGGACUGGCCAUCGCUCAAGUAUUCGCCGCUCAAGGAUACGCCGUCGUGAUCAUGAGCAGAAAUAAGCAACGGCUCGCAGGCUGGGCAGAAGAGCUAGAUCAGACGGCCCGUUCGAAGCUUCAGUCCGAAGGCCAGCUUGCACCAAAAGAGGAGCAGCUAGCUGCGGCGGUCAGCUGCGACGUACUGGAUACAGACUCGGUGAAGGCAGGCAUGGCUGAAGCACUGCGGCUCUUUCCCACGAGGAGACUGGGUACAGCAAUCUACAACGCCUCUGUGAGGAAGAAGGCGCCCUUUAUCGAGCAGACGGAGCAGCAGGUCAAGGACAGUCUACAGGCCAGCGUCGUGUCUGCUUUCGCCUUCUUGCAGGCAACGGUAAGGGAGAUGAUCAAGCCUGCGGCCGACACCAGCAGCGGCAAUCAGGAGAGAAAAGGCCCGAUUGGCGGCAACAUCUUAGUCACAGGUGCAACGUCUGCCACUCGCGGCCGGGAGGGAUUUGCGGCCUUCUCCUCUGGCAAGACAGGGCUACGCCGGCUCUGCGAAGUAGCAGCGAGGGAACAUGGACCAGACGGAGUCCACGUAGCACACGUUUUUGUCGAUGGACUUAUCGAUUCGGAUACCGCGAGGAAGUUCCUUGGCUUCGAUACGAGCAAGGGGGAGAGAUUUGCGGAUGGGACAGUGGUGCUGCCCAGCGAGGCGGCGAAGAGUUACUUGUUUCUGGCACAACAGCAGCGAGCUGCUUGGACCUUUGAGAUGGAUUUGAGGCCAGCGAAAGAGCAUUUCUGA